CAAAUUUUCUGAGAGUACUUAAAGAUGAUAAGUACUGUACUGUACUGUCUAAUGUCUAUCCUCUCUUAAGGCUUCGUUUCAAAUUCUUCAAUCGUCCUUUAGAAAUCCUCAAAAUAUCCACAAUUUUCCUCUCUUUACCCAGAAGAUUUCAUCAGAACCUCUUCGCCAUUAAUGGGUUAGUGUUACUUUCCCCAAAUGUAGAAUUAAGGGUUUAGGGUUUUUAGUUCCAAAUUCAAUUCUUAACGAAGCAAUUUCAAAUCUUUUUUUCAUUUCAGUUACAGCGAUGUUUUGUGCAUCAUCUUCUCCAAUUACAUCUCCUCUCUACCCAAAAGCUUAUAAAUUUUCUCAAACAAAAUCGAAUUCGAAGAGAUUUUCCUCUCUGCGUGCUUCGUUGCCUGUUUCUGAUAACAAGCUUCUUAAAUUUGAAUACACACCAUGGCUUAUUGUUGGACUUGGUAACCCUGGAUUAAAGUAUUACGGAACAAGGCAUAAUAUUGGUUUUGAGAUGAUUGAUCAUAUAGCUCGAGCAACGGAUAUUUCUAUGAACACAAUUCAGUCCAAGGCUUUAGUUGGGAUAGGUUCUGUUGGAGAAGUUCCGAUUUUGUUGGUUAAACCUCAAGGAUACAUGAAUUUCAGUGGUGAAUCGGUUGGGCCGUUAGCUGCUUACUACCAAAUACCCUUACGUCACAUUCUUAUGAUAUAUGAUGACAUGGGUUUGUCUAAUGGUGUCUUGAGACUUCAACCAAAAGGUGGGCAUAGCCAACACAAUGGAUUGAAGAAUGUGACAGAACAUUUAAAUGGUUGUCGCGGCUAUCCCCGCUUAUCAAUCGGAAUUGGAAAUCCACCAGGUAACAUGGACAUGAAAGCGUUUCUUCUCCAGAAAUUCAGCCCCUUGGAGCGCAAACAGAUGGAUGAGGGACUGGAACAAGGUGUUGAAGGUGUGAAGACACUUGUUGAAGAGGGGUUUAGUGACUCAAUAUCUCGAUUCAAUUUGGGACAGAAAUACAAGUUUCAUAAAGUUUGAUUCCUUGACAUUUGCCUCAUCGUGAUACCUGUCACAGUAACAGUAGCAACACCCAUAGUCCAACAUUGUUCAUUUGUUCUUAUCCUUGUGGUCUUUGUUUAGCUGAUAGGUAAUAUUGUAACAUUUGUAUUCUCUAAGAUCAAUUUUAUUGAUUUAUAUUUUGUUAAUGUGUGUUAUGUGAGUUUAUUGAUGAAUAAGUUCCAAUUCA